CAAGCGCUUCUAUAGAACAUUCUUAGUCGGUUCCCACAGCAAAUAGCUACACUAAUUCCUUUUGGCCGGUAAAUGAGAUGGGGCCUGGAAGACACCAAGAGCAGACUAAGUAUGCUCUACGUUCCAUGCUCCAUGCCACUAGCUGGUUGGGAAAGUCCUUUCGUUUAAAUUGCUCGGUGAAAGGAUGGAGAAAAAAUGGGCAGAUGUUGGACAAGCGAGAGAGAGAAAGAGAGAGAAAAGUGGGAGGGGAAAAAAGGUGGGAGAAUGUAAGAAAGAAAGAAGAGGACAGAGAGAAAACAAGAAGAAAAAGAAAAGAAAAAACCAUCACAUCCCUCGGACUUAUGAGGGAUCUCAGGAGUGGACUUGCGCGGUGGUUUACUGGUCAGUGGUCUUGCCUCCAACUUGCUUACCGUACUCCGUACGCAGUACAUCAUGCAUCAAAGCGAGCCCACUUCUUUUAGGGGUGUCGAAAAUGACAAAUCUGAUAAAUCCAAGUUGGUUGGUUACUAGUAAUACUUAUCUCGCCCCCGGAGGUCAGUCGGGCGAUUCUCGCGCAACAUGGCCUUUCGCCUGGCUUCGCAUCGCCCGGAUGACGACGAUUGCAAAUACCACAACCAACACCACCGCUGAUCAGAGGGUACAAUUAAGAUGAGGGGCAAAGGGGCACUCCCUUCGAGUGAUGUAACAAAGUAGGAAUAAAAAAGAAAAAGAAAAAGAAAAAAAAAAAGGGACAAUCAUAGUGCCCAACUCAACUUCCACCCCGAUGGAUGUUAGGUAUUAUUUCCCUCGAUUCAGGAAAGGAUAGGCCGCGAUGAGCCGAAAAUGUGACGAUUCGGCCUCUACAUCUAAGACACUCAUGUUGCCUUUUUCAAUUUGCCUCUGCUUUUCUGCGCGCCAUACUCCGGAAGAGCUAAUAGCCUUCUUUUAUUAGCCC